GAGACAAAUGGCAAGCAAAAAACGAGAAGUCCAGCUCCAGUCAAUCAUCAACAGUCAGAACCUAUGGGAUGAGAUGUUGCUGAAUAAAGGCCUAACAGUGAUUGAUGUAUACCAGGCCUGGUGUGGACCUUGCAAAGCUGUGCAAGCUUUAUUCAGAAAACUGAAAAAUGAACUGAACGAAGAUGAGAUUCUUCAUUUUGCCGUUGCUGAAGCUGACAACAUUGUGACUCUGCAGCCAUUUAGAGAUAAAUGUGAGCCUGUGUUCCUCUUUAGUCUCAAUGGUAAAAUUGUUGCAAAGAUUCAGGGUGCAAAUGCACCACUUAUCAAUAAGAAGGUCAUUAACUUGAUAGACGAAGAGAGGAAAAUUGUAGCAGGUGAAAUGAUUCGUCCUCAGUAUAUGGAAAUUCCACUAGUAGAUCAAACUGAAGAAGAGCUGGCGGAAUCACAGUAUGAAAGUGUUGGGGAAAUUUACAACAUGGCUAUUAUUAAACCUGAUGCUGUACUCAGGAGAAAAAAUAUAGAAGUUAAGGAAAAAAUUAUCAAAGAAGGAUUUGUCAUAGAAGUACAGGACAACAUGUUUCUCCCCGAAGAACUAGUGAGGGAAUUCUAUAGUCAUUUAGCAGACCAGCCCGACUUUGAAGAGUUUGUAUCAUUUGUCACAAGCGGCAUAAGCUGUGUGCUCAUUAUAUCUCAAGGCCACGAACAAGAGGUUAUCCAGGAAGAAACUCAACCUCAGGAUGAAGCAGAAGAGGAGGAAUCAUCUGAGCAUCAGGAAGAGACUCACAUUAAGUUUGCACCUGUGGUGACAAAGAAGAAACGGGACAGUUUGCAAGAAUAUUUGGAACGACAACAUAUAUCUGAGUUUUGUGAUGUUGAGGAUAAUGUGUCUAGGGUUUCUGUGUUCAUUGACAUGUUAUUCCCUGAUUUCAAAACCAUGAAAAGCAUGAAUAUACAAAGAACCUUGGCAUUACUGAGGCCAGAAGUCUAUGAGGAAAGAAAAGAUGAUGUUUUGAACAUUAUUCAGAAUGAAGGGUUCACCAUACUGAUGCAAAGGCAACUAUUAUUGUCAGAGGAAGAAGCCAGAACAGUGUCCAAGAACUAUGAGAAUGAAGAGUAUUUUAAUAGACUGCUGGCUUACAUGUGCAGCAGUCCAUCUUACAUCCUUGUACUGCUGAGGGAAAAUGCUGUGGAAUAUUGGGAGCAGUUAAUGGGACCAAACAAUGUUGAGGAUGCUUUCGCAUAUCAUCCAGAGAGUUUAUGUGCACAGUUUGCCACAGGAACUUUUCCUAUUAACCAGUUCUAUGGAAGCAGUUCAAAGGCAGUAGCUGAGAAAGACAUAGAAUGUUUCUUCCCUCCUCAGACAACACUGGCAUUGAUCAAGCCUCAUGUGACUCAGGAACAAAGACUGGAGAUCCUGAAAGCCAUUAAAGAAGCAGGAUUUGAGAUCUCCCUGCUGAAGGAAAUAUACCUGAAUCCAGAGAAUGCAAACAAAAUUUAUUUCAAAAUAACAGGAAAAGAAUUUUAUAAAAAUGUCUUGGAAGUCUUAUCUUCGGGUACAUCUGUAGUCAUGACUCUGACCAAGUGGAAUGCUAUUGCAGAAUGGAGACGAAUGAUGGGCCCAGUAGACCCGGAAGAAGCAAAACUUCUUUCCCCAGAUUCCCUCCGAGCCAAAUAUGGAGUAGACAUUUUGAGAAAUGCUGUCCAUGGGGCAUCUAACAUAUCAGAAGCAACAGUCAGCAUCAGUAAUGUGUUCACAGAAGAUAAUUCCGAGGAUGAAGAACAGUAG